CAGUAUGGAAAUCUUAUUGGAAUAACCAUUGGUUACACUAUCACACGUCAAUUAGCAUGGUGGCCGUCAAAAGGUCAAAUUGCUACCACAAACAUGGACACCAUGUGAAAUGCCAGACAUCAAACUACCCAUUCAUGAUAAUCUUCGGUUGCAUUCAGAUCAUUCUCAGCCAAAUCCCAAACUUCCACAAGCUUUCAUGGCUCUCAAUCUUAGCAGCCAUCAUGUCUUUCGCCUACUCUUCCAUUGGCCUUGGACUCUCCAUUGCCAAAGUUGCAGGUGGGGAACAUUGCCUUUGCCUAUGCUUUCUCCACUGUCCUCAUUGA